AUGAAUAAACAAUCACAAUCUUUGAAUGUGAUCAAGUUACACUUGCUCACUCAUGGAUUUCUUAGUACUUAUACUACUUGGACCCACCAUGGUGAGGAAAUAGAGGGUGUUGAAGAUGAAGUGCUAGCCGAUGUUGAGGAUGCUGAAGCAACCGAUGAUUUGUCUGCAGGCUUACAAGAUGCUUUUGGUGGUCCAUAUUUUGAUAUCGGUCCAACGAGUGAUUUCAUUGACAAUGAAUUCCCUCGCAAUUCUAAUGACAAGUAUGAUGCCUUGUUAGAUUCGGUUCAUAAUCCUUUGUAUGAGAAUUGUACAAAGUUUUCUGUCCUAAGUGUUGUCGUAAAGUUAAUGAAUUUAAAGGUGAUUAACAAAUGGACAGAUAAAGGCUUUGAUGACCUUUUAAAGUGUCUUAAAGAAAUGUUACCCGAUGGUAAUCAUUGCCCGAUAAGUUAUUAUCAAACGAGGAGGCUUCUAUCUGAAGUUGGCUUGGGGUACGAGCAAAUUGACGUGUGCCAAUAUGAUUGUGCAUUGUUUUAUGGUGAGAAUGCAAAUGCUACAAUGUGCCCUAUAUGCAAAUCUAGUCGUUAUGUGCGAAAUAAAAUUCCACAUAUACAACUUAGAUGGUUUCCAAUCAAGGCUCGACUGAAACGCUUGUUUAGCUCAAAGCAUACUGCCAAGGUUAUGCGAUGGCAUAAAGAGGUGCGCAAAGAUGAACCCGGUAUAUUACGUCAUCCAGCUGAUGGGGAUGCUUGGAAGCACUUUGACAAGACAUACCCUGAAUUUGCAGUGGAUUCGAGGAGUGUGCGAAUGGGACUAGCGUCAGAUGGGUUUAACCCUUUCUCAAACAUGACAUCCAUGUACAGCUUAUGGCCUGUGAUAUUAAUUCCAUAUAACAUGCCGCCUUGGGCUUCUCCGAAUGGAACAAAUUAUCUCAUGUCAUUAUUAAUACCAGGGCCUAAAUCUCCUGGAAAGGAUUAUGAUGUGUUUUUGAGACCACUGAUUGAAGAACUUAAGGAGUUAUGGGAGGGAAUUGAGGCGUAUGAUUCAUAUGAAGGGUGUAUGUUUAAACUUCGAGCCGCUAUCUUAUGGACAAUCAGUGAUUUUCCAGCUUAUGCCUACUUAUCGGGAUGGAGCACUGCUGGGAAAUUAGCAUGCCCUGUUUGUUUGGAAGAUACGAGAUCUAAAAGAAUAACUGACAAACAAUGUUUCAUGGGGCAUCAAUGUUAUUUGAGAAACAACCAUUCUUGGCGAAAGAGUAGAGAGUAUGAUGGGGCUACUGAGUUUCGUCCCCCACCUAGAACUUUUACUGGUGCUGAAAUUUUAAAACAACUUGAACAAGUUCCAACUCGUACAACUGGUAAGGCCCCAAGUAAUUCUUCAAGCAAGCGUAAGCGUGGAGAGAAUGAAUUGAAUUGGUGUAAAAAAAGUAUUUUAUUUGAAUUGUCGUAUUGGUCACAACUCUUAUUGCGUCAUAAUCUUGAUGUGAUGCAUAUAAAGAAAAAUGUGUGUGAUAACAUUAUUGGAACCCUUUUAGAUAUUGAGGGUAAAUCAAAGGACACGUUGAAGGCUCGUAAAGAUUUAGAAAAUUUGAAUAUUCGCUCUGAUCUUUGGUUGAAGAAGUCAUCCAACAAUAAGAUUGAAAAACCCCAUGCAAGCUAUACUUUGACUAAAGAAGAAUGCAAGGAAUUUUGUAAAUUCAUUCGAAGUGUUAGAUUACCGGAUGGAUAUGCUUCGAAUAUAAGUCGAUGUGUAAUUGAUAAUGACAAACUAGGAGGCAUGAAAAGCCAUGAUUGUCAUAUAUUACUUCAAAAAAUAUUACCAGUUGCCCUAUUACCUUUUCUGACAAAGGAAAUUCAAACAGCUUUGAUUGAGCUAUGUCAAUUCUUUCAAAAGAUUUGUGCCAAAACUAUUCAAGUUGAUGACAUAACAAAAUUGAAGGAUGGAAUUGUUAUUAUCUUGUGUAAAUUAGAGAAAAUAUUCCCUCCUUCAUUUUUUACCGUAAUGGUCCAUCUUUGUGUCCACCUACCAGAUCAAGUAUUAUUAGGUGGUCCAGUUGCUUCACGAUGGAUGUUCGGGACUGAACGUCAUAUGGGGUUGUACAAAAAGUAUGUCAGAAACAUGUCAAGACCUGAUGGUUCAAUUGCAGAAGCUUUUGUUAUUGAUGAGCUCGAGCAUAAAACAUUGUUGGAAGAAAGGGGCCUUUCUGGUGAACAAAUUCUUACUGCCCAAAUGAAAGAAUUCCCUUCUUGGUUUAAGACAAAGAUAUCUGAACUCCGAGUUCAACAAUCUUCUCUUGCAAACGAUGAUUUAUAUUCUCUAUCACAAGGUCCUUUAGAACGAUACAUGAGUUAUCAUAGUUGUAUUGUAAAUGGUGUUCGAUUUCGGUGCAAGGAUCGUGAUGAUAAUCUUCGUACACAAUGUUCUGGAGUUUGCACUGAAGGGGACCAUGACAACGAUACUAUUAUGUAUUAUGGGGUUUUGCUAGAGAUUUUACAAUUGUCAUUCCUUUUUGAUCGAAAAGUGUUCUUAUUUCGUUGCAAGUGGUAUAACUCGAAUCCUAAAGGAAACUCUAUUUAUGUGGAUCAUAAUUUGACAUUCAUUAACACAUCCACAAAUUGGUUUCUCGACGAACCAUUCAUUUUGGCAACUCAAGCACAACAAGUUUUUUAUUUGCGUGAAAUGAAGCGUGGUUCAAAUUGGAGAAUUGUUCAAAAAGUAAAUCAUCGAUCGAUUUAUGACAUUCCAGAAAAAUCCCAUGUCGAGGAUGACUCAUUGAAUAAUGAUAUUUUCCAAGAAGACCAUUCAUUUAUGCUGCCACCUUUCCAACCAACUGAGGAUUUGAUUGAUAGUUCCUCUUUAGUACGUACUGAUGUUGCACCUCUAAGUCUUUCAAGUGAAUUUGUUCAAAUGAAUAUUGGAAGAGACGUAGAUGAAGAUGAGUAUAUCGAAGUUAACGAAGAUUUUGAUGAUGGAGAUAUCUUCUUUGAUGAAGAUGUGAUAUGUUCUAGUGAUAGCGAGGCAGAAACUGACUUCGAAGAAGAAUUUGAUGAUGACAUAGAAUCUUGA